AUGGCAAAUCAAGCAACGGAUCUUUAUUAUUCAUUUUGUCAAGAUGAUGUUUGUGAUAGUGGUAAUGAUUGGCAUUGUGCUAUAUGGGGUGUGGGUGUGAGUUCAAUUGAACGCUUCGAACAAAGUGAUUCAUCAUCUUUAUUUCGUUCAAAAUUAAUUUAUUAUCAAUCUGUUAUUGUUAUUCAAUUAAUUCAAUGUGAUUUAAAUGAAAAGAAAAGCAAUAAUGAAAAUUUUUGA